UAUUAAUACUGGUGCCUAAUCGGCCAUAGUGGUAGUCAUGCACUACUUUACCCACAAUCCUCUCCCUUAAGUUAAGUCACAUGAGCAAAACCAACCCAAACAUCAAAUCGAAGUUUUACAUAUCUUCUCCAUAAACUGGAAGCAAUCAAGAAUUAAAUAGACGACCAUAACGGAUGAGCACAUGGAGGAAAAUUCACCCCAUCCAUGAAGAACUGUCUGCCUUCGUCCGGUGUGGGGGACUAUGAUGAACCAGAUGGGCUCCCAGGGUAGUGUGGUUAACCAGAAGAGGCGCCUGGUGUUCGGGGUGCUGAUCCUCCUUCUGGUGGAUGUGAUCUGGGUGGCCUCUUCUGAGCUGACAUCAUACAUAUUCAAACAGGAGGAGUACAACAAGCCUUUCUUCAGCACGUUUGCCAAGACGUCCAUGUUCAUCCUGUAUCUCCUGGGCUUCCUGGUUUGGAGACCAUGGAGUCAGCAGUGCAGCGGUGGCUUCCGGCGUCCGCAUCCAACACUAUUCUCAGAUGCCGAAGAAUGUCUUACUCCCUUUAUAGCCGAGAAUGGCUAUAGCAACUCCCUGAGUGAAUCCCUCUAUGUUCCAGUGAAGUUUCAGGAUUCCUCACUGGACAUCAUUAGCACCGCCAGCUCAGACUGUGAAGUUGCCCAGUCCCCUAAGAAGAGCCGCGUGCGCUUCAGCAACAUCAUGGAGAUCCGGCAGCUGCCGUCCAAUCAGGCACUUGAGGCCAAGCUCUCGCGCAUGUCCUACGCCGCAUGCAAGGACCAGGAGUCGCUGCUCAAAACCGCCGGCAAGCUGACCGUGUCGGAAGUGGCCAAAAUCAGCUUCUUUGUGUGCUUCGUAUGGUUCCUGGCCAACUUUUCUUAUCAACAAGCGCUGUCAGACACUGAAGUGGCCAUUGUGAAUAUUUUGUCAUCCACUUCUGGUCUCUUUACCCUCAUCCUGGCAGCCAUCUUUCCUAGUAGUAGCAGUGACCGCUUCACACUCUCCAAGCUCCUAGCUGUAGCGCUCAGCAUUGGAGGAGUGGCCUUGGUCAGCGUUUCAAGCAUGGAGAGUUCUGGUGGAAAAGGCACCUUUGGUACCCUCUGGUCCUUAGCAGGGGCUGCAUUAUACGCGGUCUACAUUGUCAUGAUAAAAAGGAAGGUUGAUCGAGAGGGGAAAAUGGACAUUCCCAUGUUUUUUGGUUUCCUGGGCCUGUUUAACCUCCUCUUCCUCUGGCCUGGCUUCCUGCUCCUGCACUACACCGGCUUUGAGGCCUUCGAGUUGCCCAGCAACCUGGUGUGCACCUACAUCCUCAUCAACGGCCUGAUUGGCACCGUGCUCUCAGAGUUCCUCUGGCUGUGGGGCUGCUUUCUGACGUCAUCUCUCAUAGGAACGUUAUCAUUGAGCCUCACAAUACCUCUGUCCAUCAUAGCAGACAUGUUUCUGCAGAAGGUGCAUUUCUCGUGGAUGUUCUUCGUGGGGAGCGUUCCCGUGUUCCUCUCCUUCUUCACUGCCACUCUACUGUGCCACUACAACAACUGGGACCCCGUCACCGUGGGACUCAGGCGGAUGUUUGCCUUCAUCUGCCGCAAAAAACGUUUUCGGUUACCAGAAGACAGUGAACAGACUGAAAGCCUUAUUCCUCUUCACACCCUCUCUCAAGAAGAUUGAGGCUAGAGCGCUUUUGUGUUACCAAACACUUCUCAGGUAGAACGCACUCGCCCAGUCGUCUGACGUCUAAAAAAAAAAAUGCGUCAUGAUUACAUUUCAGAAGAACGAUCUAAAAAUGAGCCCGUUUCCCCAAAAUGCUGUGGUAUUUCGCAACACUAAAUGGUUUAGUCAGACCUUAACAUGUUUUCAAAGGACCUCCGUGCGUCUCACCGUGUUCCCUUUGAAAGUGGCUCGAGUUUUAGGAAGUGUUGUCGUCAAACAUGAAGAUGCUGAAAAGAUAAGAGGGGACUAUUGAAAGAACCCACCCCUGGCUAUCUCAACAGGAGUAAACAACGCGUCUGUCCAAACAGCUUUAGUCAUCUGGUGAUUGAGCGCUCCCCCGUCCAGAGCCAUGUGGACUUCCCUCUCUCUCUCUGUUGAAUGUGUAUAUUAUGAACUUAGCUGCAGGGCCACUGACAGCUUUGGCCGGGCCCGGGACAAAGUCAUCCAAAAGGCCCCCCAUCUCAAUACAUACAGUGUAAUGAGGACCCAGUUCUACGGGCCUCGUUCUCCAUGAGCCCGGGACAACUGACCCCUUUUCCCUGCUUGGCUGUACCGUUUGGCCUGGCCAGAAGUGCACGUUGCAAGGGGAGUUAAGGAUGAGCUCCGUCCAAAGGCAUUUGUUUAUGACGAGAGUAAUCACAUUGUGGAACAUCGGACUGACCAAGUCUAAGCAAAAGCCUUUUUUCGAAUACAUUAGUCAGAUGUACGGUCCGCCAAACGGUUCCCUUCUGUCGUCUGUUUCUUCUCUCGUCCUCUCAUGUCCACAGCUGUCCACAACCGUUAUCAGAAUUGUCUGUGUGCUUUCAUGUGUCUUUUCUUUACUAGCUCCUCUUUCUCUCUUGAAAGAUCGUCUGAUGAACGCAGUGAUGUGACAAUCAUUGAUCAGCCGAAACAAAACUCUAAGCACCUUAGUGCCUAAUUGUUUUUUUAUUUUUCUAUCAUAAAAGCUUUAUUCAGUACUUUAGUCAGUCUCAUGUUUUUUUAAAUUAUAUUUUAAACAGUCUUGUGAUGAACAGUACAAUAUUGUCAUUGUGGAAUACUUUUUUGCUGACUGGAUUAAGAGUUGGUGGAGGAUAACAACAAUCUCCUCUGAGCUUAUCCUUGUUGGGUUUCCUUCACUUUUUGAAUAUAUCAAUCUCGUGUUGUCUUCACUCUGAGAGAUGAAUGUAUUGAAUUGCAUGAGGCUGAUUUCAUUUUUUUUACCACUUUCACCUAAGAGCACUAUCAACCAAUUACACUAAGAAAGCCACACUUCCCAACGUCUGCAAUGCAUCAGCUGUAGAAUGAAUGGGAUCAUUGACAGGACGUUGCCAGUGUGAGCAUCUGAUGUGAACUUAACUUGAUUUUUUUGAGCACAUAGUAUUAUAUGUUUGCUUCACUGAAAUACAAAUAGAGGGCCGUUGUGCAUUUUCACAGUUGUGAAGUGGUACUAAAUGACAGAACAAGAGGUGGCGUAAUUUCUGUAACACUUAGUUUUAUUAUGAUCACACCGUGUGUGUUAGUCUCAUUUGGCAUAAUCUCUAUCACAUCAAUACACCCCCACACACACACGCUCACACACACACACACACACACACGCUCACACACACACACACACACACGCACACACACACGCGCACACACACGCUCACACACACACACACGCACACACACGCGCACACACACGCGCACACACACACGCGCACACACACACACACACACACACACACACACACACACACACACACACACUAAAUAACCUCUGUUGUGCUGACAGGGUAAAGUUGCUGUCUACCUCUUUGAGCCCUGAAAUUAAAAAAUAAAAACUCUUGCUUUUAACGUCCUCAGAAAACACUUAAAAGUCCAGGCAUGUGUAGCUGUGCAAUGGCACCACAUAUACAGUACAAUGAUGAAGCAUGCCAAUGCUUCUAUUAGAUAGGAGCAGAAUUGGAAGCAUAAAGCGGACCAUCACCUGCAAUGAACUGGAAAUGUUCUGUGGUUAUAAGUGCACUUGAUUGUUAUUAUUGUUGUUGUUGUUGUUGUUUGUGAGUAUCUGUGGUUUGGGAGUUCAACCCAACAUGAUUACAUUGUCAAGAUUUAACAUUGGCACAUACAGAAAAUGGACCAUGAUUAUCGUUAACGAGCUGGCCUUGAUGAUCCAUUUUAGUAACAGAUACAUACUUGGUCCGACAUUUCUGAAGAAAAGCAACACAUGUUUUAGAUGACGAGUUAAAACCAGGGAGUAAUUUUCAUCAACCUUUUGACACCUUUCAUCCACCCGGCUUUGACACAAGUUCCAUACUGCUUGGCUAAGGAAGGAAACACAGGUGCAUGUUACUGUCCAGUAACGUGCCAAUUCUCAUCUCUUAUUCUCAACUGAUAUUAGAUGUGGAACGUGAUGUGAUCCAUUACAGUUAACUCAGUAGGCUUCUUUUAUUUGUCAGCAUUGAUUGUGAUCUCAAUGUGAAAGAGGUUUUUGCACACGGUUGAAACGAUGCAACGAGGCAAGGAAUUUUGCAAUGGCAAUACUGUGCCAUACCUUCUUCGGCUCCAGAAAAUGACAAACUCUUAUCAAUAUAACACUAAAUCAGCUUUGUUUUCAAUUCACACCUGUGUUGUUGAUUAUCUUGUCAGUUUUUCAAGAUUGCCUUUUGAUGUCUUUGUGUGUGUCCUUUUCAUUUUCUUUGAAUGAAUUAUGUCCUUGAUAUUUACUACAGAAAGAAUUCCAUGAACAGAUUUGUAAAGAUGUGCAUUCAUAAGAUAUUAAAGUACUCUGAUAUGAA